UCUCAACUUGAGACACUUCAUUGUUCAGGAAGACAUUGCAAGAUGGGUCAUGGACAGCUGGAGGUCCGACUGAACAAUAAAGAGUACAAAAACUGGCUGAAGGCAGGAAGGUGUCUGCUCAUACUGAAGGAGGGCCUCCACCCUUUCGUCAAUAGAGAGACGAGACAUUUCCACAGACACUUGCUCGAUCAAGUCGCUCUUCUACAAACACCGUGUAUGACUUCAUGUAGACCGAGAGGCAACAAGCUUUCCAAGGUAUGCAGUGCAUGUUCGACGUGGCAGAAGAUGAUCCUGAGACACCACAGACAGCCUGAUGGUACUGUGAACUGGGACAACUGUUUCCCUCCCGCCUGGAGAACAGACCACUGGGAGGUGGCCAAGGCUUUUAUGCCUAGAGGUCAGGCCCAGAAGAAGGGUGCACAUGAAUGCGAUGCCCCUGCUCUGCUCAACCUGAUCAACUACUGUAAUCAUUUCCGUGUGGAUGUAAAGUACGUGAAAGAGGUGAUACGAUACAGGAAUCACUUGAUGCACUCUGAUAUGGAAGUGACAGAUGACUGGAUGAGUCACUACCGGACAUCUCUGACACACCUUGUGCAGCAGUUCAGCAACGUACCAGAAAUGGCAGCAACUAAGCAACAGAUAAAUCACAUGCUGGCCGUUGAUUUGUCAAUAUCUGCCUCUGGUUGGGACCAAAGGGAUUCUGCUUUAGAGUUUGAUUCUGAUAGCCAGCCCGAGAUCAGCGCUGACAUUAUCAGACAAUGGGAAGCUGAGUUGCUACAAGAGAGGCUGGAGGAGUUACUGCAUGUUGCUGCUGCUCCUGCCGAUGAUGAUAAAGAGACACUGGAUGCUGAGCAGUUGAUGACCCUGGGUGGUUUCCUGCAGACCAACACAGAUCUGGCCGAGAGGUUUUCUGCAGAGCUCCAAGCCAUCAACUCACUGAAGGCGGGAAAAUGAAAACGUGCACAGAACAGAAAUGGACCCGAGUGCUUAUACAGCUAUACAAUAUUGAAUCCUUGUCAAGAAUUUAUUAUCACAUAAGGGGCUAAAUUCACAAAUGGACUUUACAAAGUACCCAAACGCACCACAAACUGCAAUACCAAGAAAAUAGUAUGUCAGUGCUAGCUGUUUGGGUGUAUGUAAAUGAGAUUAUAUACAUACAAUUGGUGCAAAAUGUGUCCCUUUCUAUGCAAAUGAGCCUCAUUGCAAAUACAGUUUAAUUCACAAAGACCAGCCCCACAUCAGUCAAAUUAUUAGCGUCUUCAGAGAGUUGGUGGUAACUAAAGCCACUUUCUCUCUCGUUUGCUCACUUCUCUCUUCCAAUCUUCAAGCUUGUGAGGCAUUGAACGAUAUUGAAUCGAACACAGAAGAUUAAUUACCGUCAGAUGCUGACCGAUCUGGUGUUAAUGAAGUUACCGCUGUUGUGCAGCGUGCAUAAAUGCUCCCAGUGUCAGUUUGGAGACACGCUGCAGCCAGUUGUGGACUACAGACAGAACAUCAUUACACUGAACAACAUUAUUGUAACAUUAACACAUUAAUCCAAAACAUAUCAGAGCUUCCUGUGUCAUAUUAAUAGCUGUAUUUGAACAUUUCACAGUAGAUGAUGUUAUAGUUGCAAAAUAAGUUAGUUUGCAGCUAUGGAGAAUGCUGUGUGUGUGCACCUCUGCUAAUUAAAUUCACACAAUUUAAGGCUUAUGUGCUCUCUGCAGGUUUCAUGAUGUACAAACCUGUGUGCUGAAAUGUGGAUAAAAGCCUGGAAACAGCUGUGAUCACUCAAACAGAUGCAAAACCAGGCAAAUUACACUUCGUAGAAAAACUUUAUGGGUGUGUUUGCACUGUUAUAUCAUUAGUGCAAUAUAUUUUAUGAAUGGGACCUUGAGAAGGGGCAGAUAGCGGUUGCAAAUGAUGCGUAAUUCAUGGAGCUAAUAGCAUAGUAGUCCAUUUCAUGAAUGCACUCUUUAGAUUUGUCUGCUUUUUUCUUUUUUUGUGUGUAUUUAUAAUCAUGAUUCUGUUUACAUAUCAUUGUUUGUCUUAUUCUCUGACUGAUGUUAGAAACUUUAUGAACAAGCUACAGUUGAGAGCAUAAGUAAAAAAAAAGAAUGCACUUCCCCAUAACUCAGUAGAGUUGUAGAGAGUUGUGGUUUUUAUGCACUACUUCCCCAAAUAUGAGUGUAAACUGGUGCUUUAUGGGGAAACAACCUGAUUCCUGACCAAAGAGAU